AAGCUGGGGGAUGGGAUUGGGAACGCACCGAUGAUCUCCGCCUGGGAAAGUUGCCUCGACACCUGUAGGAGAGUAGUUUCACCACAAAAACGAGGAACUUGAAGACUUAUAUUUACAUAAAAUGAAGAAAAUGCGCUGAUGAAGUGUUGCUUUGACAAAUGUUGCAUGGUUUUAUCAAAUGAAUUGUUUGUAUCGAUUGACUAAAGGUUGGUCGUCUUUUAGAAGCUUCCGCGUUGGAUUGGUGAAGAACAAAAUGGGAAAUAUUAUCUUGCUUGCGCUUCUGCUUGGUUUCCUGCCAACAGAGGUGUUUUCCAUCCAGGUGUUUGUUCCUCAGACAGAGAGGAGUACGGCUCUCUUUGCCUCGGUCAUCAUACGCUGUGACUACUCCACCUCCGCCAAUGCACAGGAAGUCCUGGUCACCUGGCGCUACAAGUCCUUCUGCAAGGACCCCGUGCUGGAAUUCUACUCCACAGCCUAUCAGGCUGCUCUGCAGCUGGGCCAGGACCCAGCCAAUGACUGUCCAGACCGCCAGCGCACCAUUCGCACAGUCAUCCAGAAGAAGGGAACCAAUGAGGCCACCCUGGGCUCUGAGUAUCGGGAGCGCAAGAUAUCCAUCCAAAACAAGGCCGACCUGGUUAUGAAUGAGGUGAUGUGGUGGGAUAACGGUGUGUACUUCUGCUCCAUCGAUGCACCGGGAGACACUACAGGAGACUCAGACCGCGAGGUCAAACUCAUUGUUUACCAUUGGCUGACGGUGCUGUUCAUCAUCAUUGGGGCUCUGCUGCUCAUCAUGCUGUUCUGUAUCUGCUGUUGUCAGUGCUGCCCCCAGAAGUGCUGCUGCUACAUCCGCUGUCCCUGCUGCCCACAGACCUGCUGCUGCCCUGAGAAAGUGGUGAUGCAGCACAGGAUGAUACAAGAGGCCCAGAAGGCCAUGGCCCCCUGGAUGCACGGCCAGCCUAUCUACGCACCCAUCAGCAACCACUCCUCCCAGGGCAACCCAGUGAUGUACUCAGCCUCCUUCUCCGAUGGGUACCCUACCAAGCCCAACUUUGCCAUGGCCCCGAUGGGCCCCUCGCCCCUCCAGCAGCAGCCUCCCCCUAUCCCCCAACACCAAAUGCCCCAACACCAAUACGGUAUCUACCACGGUAACGGCAGCAUGCACGGCGGGAGCGCGCACGGCACCAACCAGAUGCUGGACUUCCUGGAGAGCCAGAUGAGGGGGGUUCACAGCCAGAUGCCCCCUCCCCCUCAUCAGCACUUGUCCCCUCAGGCCCACCAGUACCAGCCCCAGGGAGGCCCCCAGGGGGUCCCCUUCACGGCCGGCCCCCCCAGCAUGCUGUCUGCCCUGGAUGAGAUGGGGAUGAGGGGGGUGGAGAGGAGAGUGAUCACCUUGCCCCCUAUUGUCCAGCGGCUCCCCAGUUUCUCCUCUCGCAGGGGUACUGGAGGGGGAGGAGGGACCAAUGGCGCACCCAGAAUAUCCAGCCAAUCCAGCGGCAGCACCAACCGCACUGGUGGUGGCGGCGGUGGGCGUUACAGUGACAACCGGCGUGACAAACACGACUCCACCCCUCCGCGGCAAGGCAUCCUGCGUAGCUACAGCGAUGAGUCAGACUGGGACGACCGGAGGGGAGGGCCGAAGAGGGAGGGGCAAGGCUCGGCCGGAAGGAGGACGGGGGGGUCUGGAUCGGCGCCACGGUCCCGUAGUCGUGAUGACAUGAUGGAGGAGCUGCGUCGGUCAGCCCUUGCCAGGCAAGACAGGAGCCACUCACCUCCUGCCCGUCGACAACGGUCCUGGAGCUCGGAUGAGGAAGACAGCAGGAGGGGAGGGAAAAGGGGAGGCAAGGGGAAGCUGUGGCCAGAGAAACCCCCCAGCUACUCCUCCAUCGAGAUCCAGCAAGGCAACAAGAGGAACUACGACCGCUACUCAGAUAAGAGCUCUCGUAGUGGUACCAGUGUGGUGAUCUGAAACCUGUCUGUCUGUCUGUCUGUCUGUCUGUCUGUCUGUCUGUCUGUCUGUCUGUCUGUCUGUCUGUCUGUCUGUCUGUCUGUCUGUCUGUCUGAAACCUGCCUGCCUGUCUCCCUUUUCCUCAGUGUAAACUGAUGGUUUGUGUCUCCACAAACUGUUUGUCUGUCGGUCUGUCUCCACUGUCUGUCGGUCUUUGGACGAGAAGUGACACAGUGGAAGAGAAGUUAAGAAAAUUGGUUGUAAACCAAAAGGAUUAUUGAGCGUAAUUCAGAGUCCAGAGACGCGAUAGUCCGGCAUCCCAUUGUGACAUAACUACGGGUCUCUGAGACCACUGCCCAAACGAGCAUCUGCCCAAAGUUCCCAACCAACACGGCUCUGCGUAUGUUAAUUUGAAUGUCUUGACAAUUGGAGAAAUUGCUUGAGCCACGCUGAGAAAAGUAUGAAAGCUAAUGUUCCAAUAUUCUAGAUCACGCAUACACGUUUUGGACUCUGAUAGACGCUAUAGAAUGUAUUGUAAUAAGGUGACUCAGGUGCCUUUAUACCUGUACAGGCGUAGAGGUUAAACAGUACUUAUGUAAUAUUGUGCUAUACUUUAUAUAGAAUGGGAUUGAAGGGCAAGGUGUAUAUGGAGGGAGGGAGGGAGGGAGGGAGGGAGGGCUAGAAUACUGGAAUCUUAAGGCACAUAUUUUACCUGUUGAAAUCCAUGUGAAUGUUUUUAUUUUAGAAUACUUUUUUUACACAAUUUACCUAUGAGACAAUGUAAAACACAGCACUAUCACGUCAAUUGUAAGAAAUAUAAUUAGUUUUUUUAUUGUACAUUUCAUCAAGUGUGUAUCUGUUUUCUUAUUUUAAAUAGUUGUAUACAAUGUUUUGUUGUAGAUUCUGUAGUGUGACUGUUUCUUGUUCAGUUUUCCUAAAGUGCCUCUCUGUUUACAGUUGUCUGUUGUAUUUUAGUCGGUGGUGGGAUAAAUUAUUCCGUUGGUCUUGUACUUGGGAUUUUGUACUUGGGAUUUAAAUGAAGUCAAUUGAAAUUA